AUUCUUUUGUGUCUCUGCAGGAAGCUUCACACACCCAGUAAUAUCCUCCUCCUUUCUCUGGCUGUCUCAGACUUUCUUGUCGGUCUCCUGUUGAUGCCAUUAGGAAUCCUUAGAAACACAGGCUGCUGGGUACUUGGUGAUAUAAUUUGUUCUCUUUAUUGGUAUUUAACCAGCAACAUUGUCUGUGCUUCAAUAGGGAACAUUGUCCUAAUAUCAGUUGACCGCUAUGUGGCUAUUUGUGACCCUCUGCAUUAUCCCAGCAGAAUUACUUUGGCGAAAGUCAAACUCAGUGUUUGUCUGUGUUGGUUUUAUGCUUUUUUCUACGUCAGUCUUUAUACAAAGGAUAUCCUAAUUGAACCAGGCAGGGAUAAUUCCUGCUACGGAGAGUGUGCAUUUGUCAUCAAUGAUAUUGCUGUUGUUGUUGACCUUGUUUUUUCCUUUAUUGUUCCGGUUUCUGUCAUUGUAGUUCUGUAUAUCAGAGUAUUUGUGGCAGCUGUGUCUCAGGCUCGUGCCAUGCGCUCUCAUGUGACAUCUGUCACACUGCAGCGCUCACUGAAUCAAACAAACAAAUCUGAGCUGAAAGCAGCCAGGACUCUUGGAAUUCUUGUAGUUGUGUUUCUGGCAUGCUUCUGUCCACUCUACUACUUUUCUCUUGUUGAUGAAAAUGCAAUCAAUGAUCCAGCUGCAUCUUUUGUGGUCAUUAUAUUUUACUUUAACUCGUGUCUAAAUCCUUUGAUCUAUGCCUUCUUUUACCCCUGGUUUAGAAAUGCUGUUAAGCUUAUCAUCACUCUGCAGAUUUUCAAGUAUAAUAUGAGUGAGGCCAACAUACUAUAAAAAGAGUAUGAAACUUGCUCUACUAAGAUAUAAAAUCAGUUGUGCAAUGUUUUGCGCUGUCACCCCACAGCAAGAAAACCCCGGGGUCUUUCUGUGUUUAGUUUCUGGUUUCUGCAGCUACUCCAUGCAUGAAAUUAAAAAUGGAAGUUAGCUGGUGAAUGGUUGCCUGUCUCUAUGUGUUGGCCAUAAAUAGACUGGCCACCUAUCUGGACCCUGAUUUAGAUAAGCAUAAGGAAAAGAAUGCAUUUUUACUGUAUUACUGAAACUGACUUUGAAUUAUGGGUAUAUUUAGUGAUAGAUAAUGUCAGUAAUGAUGAGUAUAGAUGUAAAAAUGAAAAAGGAUAUGAACUGUGACUGCAGUAUGUCCUUACCUGUAAAUUAUAAGUAAAAUUAACUUUAGCACUUAUGAUGACUUCUUAAGUAAAAAUUAUGAAUUUGGAUGUGUUAAAUGUUUCCUACUAAAUCUCACUCCCACUCUUUUUCAGUAUAUUCAGAUUUUGGCUCAAAGUAAUAAAAUAUUCUUAACUUCAGUGGUUCAUGUUUUCUCUUGUUAUUAUAUAGUGUCAUCAUCUUGGUGUUUUAUAAGCACCAUAUUAUCCAGUUGGGGCUGCUGCAGGGGCCCAAUUCACCCAUUCGCUGUAAUCUGCCCCUCAUUUUUUUUAACACUUUAUUUGUAGUGUUAAAAAAUCAUUCUCCCACUGUUCUCGAAUGUGUGUAAUAGACAGGUUACACCUAUUCAUGAUAUGUGAGUAAAUAAAUGAUAUUCUGCCUUUUUUCAUCUCAUUGACCCUUAGUAUGGAAUCCAAACAGGGAGGAGCGGGUAAUGUACCAAAGUUAGAACCCUUUUUACAUAUAAAAUCUCUAAUUUGCAAGUAUCGCAAAAAAUUAUUAUUAUUCAGAUCAAAUUUUCCAGAUAGUUGUUCAAAGCUAGCAAACGUAUCUGUUACUGUUUGCCAUGAGGACUCACAUGCAGGACUCUGAAUUAGGAAGCUUCACAAGCAAUUUAUUUACACAGUUCACCGAGUGUAUACACAAAUGUGCAGAAAUAGUGCUAUGUACAAAAGUGGGGUGAUGGGGCUCCAGGGAAAUCCAGGGAAACAGACUUUCGCUCUUCUUGCAACAAUCCACACACAUGAUCAGGCUCUCUUUCUCCGACACUCACCACACGGGAAACGGGAAAACAGUCCUGGGAGUCUGUACACAGGGAAAUGUUCGGUAGUUCAAUGCUCAGAAACACGAAGGGAAAACUUAGCUGGCAACUUGAUGACACUAACGCGAGUCAAACACAAUGAUCGAGUGAAGAACAGCAGUCAUCGUCUGGCUUAAAUGCUGGUUGCGUUAAUAAGCCUCAGGUGCUUCCU